AUGACGUACAUAGCUGAAUAUCUACCGAGACUAGGUCAUUUGUCGAUUGAGAUUACCUCUAUUUCCCAAGAAAACUUAUCAACAAUUGAAGUACAAGGUAAUGAAAAUAUAAUUUUAGUGUUAAAUCACUCACCAUCUAUUAAGAUCAAAUCCCCAAUCCCUGUUACCCAUAUAUCUUUAAUUGGAGUGAAGUCCGAAGAAACUAAGCUAAAAUUAACGUUGAAAGUACAUGCGGAUCAAAAUCCAGGAUCUUCUGAGGAGGUUGAACCGAAAUGGUCCUGUAAAUGGUUGAGAACACAUACAACUAAGCAUCAUUCAAGUAAUGUAUUCAAAUUUAUUUGCUCAAAUUGCUCAUAUGAGAUUAUAAACUCCUUGAGUUAUCAAUUCAAAGAUAUGCCAAAUGAGUUUUGGUACGAAAUGAUGGAUUAUUGGCAUUGUCAUAAGCCGGAGGAUAAUCAUCCUACAGAUAAGGAUUAUGGAAUACUUGUCCCAAAGGAUUCAAAAGAUAUUUUCAUUGGGUCUUACUAUUUACUACUUUGCAAAAGUGACAAUGUAAUUGCAAAAGAUAAACUAUAUCACUGCAAAGGUUGUAAUAAUGUGGUUGGAGAGAAAUAUCAAAAUGUUAUUAAGUUAUUGAAAUGGAAGAUCGACUUAGAAUAUACAAAUGAAGAUCAAAAAGUAAUCUCCAAGUAUGACCCAACUUUAUUUGUAGCUGAUUUUUUUAAUACGCAGUUGCGAUCACUGGCUCUGAGAAGAUUUAAAAUCAAAAGUAAUAAAAAGUGGAUAUACUUAUGGAUUAUGAAUACCGGAAUUGAUGUCACUUUAAACGAUCAAAUCUUAAACAACUGUUUAAAGAUACUAUAUACUGAGAUAAUCAAUUCUAAAGAUGAAGGUAAAUACGAAGAAAUAGAAAGUCAAUACGAGGAAGUUAGGGAGUCUUUCCUUAAAACACUACAGCAGAAUACAAUACCGUCAAAGACGCUAAUUGGUAGUCUAGAAUAUCUGAUUAGUUUUAUACCUACGAGUUAA